AUGUCAAGGCGACCACCGAACCCCGCCGCCGAGCGGGCGGCAAAGAACCAAGCGACCAUCAAGUCGCUGCUGAAGUUGGAGCCUAAUAAGAUGUGUUCUGACUGCAAGAGGAACAAACAUCCUCGAUGGGCAAGUUGGAAUUUGGGCGUCUUCAUCUGCAUCCGGUGCUCAGGCAUUCACCGUAGCAUGGGAGUCCACAUCAGCAAGGUCAAGUCUGUCGACCUCGAUUCCUGGACCGACGAACAACUACAAAGUGUCCUUAACUGGGGCAAUGCACGAGCGAACAAGUAUUGGGAGGCGAAGCUGGCACCCGGCCACGUGCCCUCCGAGGCCAAGAUCGAGAACUUUAUCCGAACCAAAUAUGAACUCAAGAGAUGGGUGAUGGAUGGGCCAAUGCCUGAUCCAUCUACACUGGGAACGGACGCCGAUGACGAUGUGCCACUCAGCAUUGUCAAGGAAAAGCAGACCAUCGAGAGGAAGCAGUCCCUGAAGACACAUCCCGGCCAACCAUCGGGUUCUGCCCGACCAGCUCCAGCUCCACAAGUCGACCUAAUCGGCGGUGACGACCCCAUCCCUCGCGCAAGCACUGCCGGCCCAGUGGCUUCCAAAGUGCCACCGAAGGCCGAGCCCGCGCCGCCAAAGUCGACGAGCGCAAACAACUCGCUGCUUGGCUUGGAUUUCCUAGGCUCUCAACCGUCCCCGCCCCCUCGACCUGCCAGCACCACUGGCUCCGGUGGAGUGGGUGGCCAGUCGAGGCCAGACCUAAAGCAGUCCAUCCUAUCACUUUACGCCACGGCACCAAGGCCACAGCAGCCAUCUCAUGGUCACACCCACUCUGGCUCCUUCGGCAGCUUGGCAUCGCCCACGGCACCGCCGCAAAUGAGCCAGCCGGCAGGACAGCCGGCUGGAGGUGGAUUGAACGAUGCCUUCAGCAACCUGAGCUUCUCGAACAUCUCCAGCCCCAAGAGCCCUCAAAACUCGGCCUUUUCAAACUUGAAUCCGGUGUCAAGCAACAGAUCGACACCUCAGCCCCAGCAGUCCUCUGCAUUCUCCGGUCUCAGUGGUGGAGGCUUCUUCGACUCCAAGCCCGCAGCAGCACCCGCUCCCAGCAAGCCGACACCGUCUAACAGCGGGUUUGGCGGCUUCGGGGGCUUCGGGGACUUUUCCUCGCCAGCGGCCCAGCCCAAGCCAGCAGCCCCGGCAUCCUCUGCCAUGAACGACCUUUUCGACUUCUCCUCUCCCGCUCCGGCGGCCGCGCCGGCCCCAGCCCCCGCUCCCGCAGUCUCCAGCACCUCCAACUCCGUCUUCAACCUCACCCAGCCCAAGUCUCCCCCGGCGCCUGCGACGACGACCAGCCCGCUCGCUACAAUGGGCAACAGCGGCGGAUUCUCGGGGGCAGACGUGUGGGGAGGCAACGCGUGGGCCGACCCGGCGCCGGCCAGCAAGCCCGCGGCGAGCAUCCCAGCGCCGGCGCCGCAGCCGUCCAACGACUUCGGGGCGUGGGGCAGCAGCAGUGGCGGCGGCGGUGCCAGCAGCGCCAUGAGCUCGUUUGCGAACACGUCGAUCGUGCCGGGGGCGUCUGGCGGGCUGGUGACGCAGCCCAAGGUGGCGGCGGACGAGGAGUUUGGCGGGUGGACGAGCAGCACUGCGGCGCCGACGACCGGCGCUAAGGGGGCUGGGAGCGAGGAUCUGUUUUCAAACGUGUGGGAGUAG